UAAAAAAAAAUUUUAAAUGUUGAAAGUUGUAUGCAUGGUCUAUAAAUUAAAUGAUGCAGACCCUCAAAUAUUCCCUUUGAAUUCCAGGUUGUGAGGUAACAAAAUGUGAAAAAUGUAAAGGGGGGUGAAUACUUUCGCAAGGCACUGUAUAUGUAGCAGGAGGGGUUUUGUUUACCCCACCUACAUUUCUUCAUUUAAUAAUGGUGUGCGGGCGCUUUAAGGUGCUGGGCGGGAUUUCUAUCGCCUAUAUAUAGAUGGGGGACCCUUAUUUGGUGUGCGCUUCCUGUCCCCCACUCCUCUCUCUCCCGGAGCGUCUCACUUCCGGUCCAGCGGCAUUCAGCUUGCUUGAUUUAGCGCGGUUUUUGGCUCACUUCCAAAGAAGGUAUUUGUGGCUACAGUAGUUUGUUAUAAUCUUACUGUGUGACUUGAUUAACUCAUUAGCACAUUUUACUUGUAGACUUGAAGAUUUUCGGCUGUUUUGCCGGCCCAGCAGCGUUGUAUUGUGCUCUGGUGGGUCUAGUUUUACUUUCAGUUUCAUAAGGUAGGUCUGCUCUGCUUAUUUUGUUAGUUUGAGCGUGAUUUUAGAAUUACAGCUGACUUGCUCUUUUGGAUUGGGGGUAGGGAUAGCGGCCGUGUGGCUGUGCUGUUGCCGGGCUGUAGCUGAUCGUCUGCUGUGGCCAUUUCCUGUGUCUGCCGUGCCAUUUUCUGCUAGCUGCUGUUUGCUGCACCAGCUGUGAUUGCCAGUGGUGUUGUCUGCUCUCUGCACUCUAACCCUGAUUGUUUGGGGAAACUGCAUGCUGUAUCAGAACUGUGUGUGUGUGUGUGUGUGUGUGUGUGUUGUGGUGGUUGUACUGUGGUGUGGUAAAGAGGGGCUGCGAGAGACCAGGACUAAAUAAGAUAAGUGUUUUUCUCUUUUAUAUAGUUGUUGUAAUUAAUUGUGUAGUUUUAAUUUGAAAUAUAGUUCUGGUAAAAUUAUUAGUGGUCUCUCCCCUCUACCAUUUGCCAUACUUAAUUUUGUUUCUUUUUUGGCUGGACAGGAGCUGUGGGCCAAAGCGACAGAGCUUGGGGUGUGGAGUAUCUUUUCACCAUUCUGUAGUGUAGAGCACUUGGUGUUUGAGAUAUGCAGUGCAGUCAUGUGUGGUGUGUGUAGUGUAGGUGACCUCGUAUCCUUUUUCUGCUCCUUUCUGCUGCGGUAAGCCCUCAGUCCAGUCCUGGCCUGAGUCUUAAUAUUAAUUUGUCUGUCCAGUGUUUGUGUGUGUGUGUGUGUGAAUGUUUUAAAAAUAAUUGUUAAUAAAACUGUGUUUAAAUAUUUGGAACUCCGUCUCUGGUCUCAAAGUGUUCUAGAUCUGCGUGUCUUUAAUUUUCUUGGCUUUAAGGGCCAGUUAUAUUUCCUAGGGGUGAAAUUCCCUUAGGUGGCGUAGUCGUGCACUAUUUACUAUAAAUAUUUAUUAGUAUUCUUACUCUCUCUUGCCACAUUUGGCGUAGUCGGCAGGGUCUCACUUUUAGAGAUCCGGAGACGUGGUGUCCAUUUUUGUAAUAAUUCUGUUUUGAAAACUUAUUUGUGAUUUGGUGUUGAAGGUAGAGACAAAACAGCAGCAUUUGUUUGAAGAUUUGGAUUGUUAACUAAUUUGUUUUGAGUUUUGGUGCAGCUCACCCUUUGUUGGGAUGGAGGACGAGAUACAGCAGCUCAGAGAUCUAGUUUUGCAGCUUAAGGCUGAUAAUGAGCGACUACUGCAGGAAAGGGCUGCUGCUUUACCUGGUCCUAAUGUAGCUACUUCAGCUUCUCCUGUUAUGGUAAGUAAUGUUCCACCUGCCAGUGCUAGUGCUGUUACAGAGCGUUUUGUGGUUAUUCCGCGAGAUCGAAAGUGCCCGUUCUUUAAUGGUAAGACUGGGAUGGGUAUAGUGGAAUGGAUAGAGGAGAUACAGGCUUGUAUGCGGGUCCGUCACCUUUCAGUAGCUGAUCAGGCUUUCUUUAUUUUUGAUCAUUUGGAAGGGGAAGCAAGGGAAGAGAUAAAAUAUCGCCCUAGUGUAGACCGAGGGGAUCCAGCCAGAGUUCUAGCCAUUUUAAAAGAUCUUUACAGUAGCUCCCAGUCUUAUGUUACGUUACAACAGGCCUUUUUCUCAAGAAAACAGCAGGAAGGAGAAACUUUACAGGAGUUUUCCUUGGCCUUAAUGGGUUUAAUGGAAUCUGUACAGCAGCAUGCUCCAGAGGGGAUGCUCAAUGUAAGUAUUUUACUUCGGGAUCAGUUUGUAGAGCAUGUUUUAGAUGGGGCUCUUCGUCGGGAGUUAAAGCAGUUUGUUCGCCGGCAGCCUACUGCUACCUUGUUGGAGGUACGUGGGGAAGCUAUUCGAUGGGAGAGGGAGGGGUUACCAGGAGGUGCUAGAGAGCGCAGUUUUUCUCUGCCAUCUGCUUAUGGUCUACAGUAUGGUGUACAGGGAGGUUCCCGCCCAGCCCCUUCAGGUGUCUCUCAGUCAUCCGAGUUUGGGGAGUUAAAGGAAAUUUUGAAGCGUCAGCAAGAGCAGCUUAACCAGUUAACUAAAACUGUUGCUUCUUUGCAGAGCCCCUCUUGGUCUAUUCGUCCUUCUCAUCAGGGACGGGUGAUUUGCCGACGAUGCCAACAGCCUGGUCAUUUUGCGAGGGAUUGUGAUGGGGAACGUGUUUUUCCACAGCCUAGGGGACCGCCGUCAAACGUGGGUAGGUCCUCUCACCCUUCACAGCAGUCGGAAAACUGAAGCCCACUGAACUGCAGAGCCACAGUUCAGAGGGGGUGUCUUUCGGCUCAAGGGCAGGUGCUGUGUCUAGGCUUAUAUCUUCUUGUCCAGUCAUU